AUGAAGUUCUCCAGUUUGGCCUUAGCCUUAGCCGCCUCCUCCGCUGCCCACGCCCAGGUGUUGGGUGGAGAAAACGUGGUGGACCUUCUCAACAGAAGAGCUGGUGAAGACUCACUGUCAGCUGAUGCCGGUGGCUCCGUUGCUCAACAAGCUGCCUCUGCCACCGGAACUGCUGGAGAUGCUGCCGCCUCUGUGGGCUCUGUACUUACUGGUGCUGCUGGCUCCGGUGCUAGCACUGCCACUGGUGCUGCUGGCUCUGCUGCUUCUGGUGCUUCUGGCGCUGGAUCUUCCGCUGCCUCUGGUGGUGCCUCUGGUGCCUCUGGUGCCGCUGCCUCUGGCUCAUCUGCUGCUGGUUCUGCUGGUGCUGGCUCUGCCCUGGCCUCUGGCUCUGGUGCCUCUGGCUCUGGUUCCUCGUCUCCAUCUGGUUCUUCUGGUGCCAGUGGUUCUCGUGGCUCUGGUUCUAGUGCCUCUAGAUCUGGUGGUUCUGGUGCCUCUGGCUCCUCUGGCUCCGGCUCCUCUGGCUCUGCUGGUGCUUUGCUCGGUGGCUCCAGCUCUUCGGGUGGUUCUAGCUCCAGAUCUGGCUCCAGCUCUGGCUCCAGUUCUGCUGCUGGUAACGCUCAAAGCGCUGGUUUCGGAUUAGCUGCAGUCGCUGCCAUUGCCGGAUCCUUGUUGAUCUAA